AUGGGUUUCAUCUUAUACACAAGACGAGAAGACGACACCAGAGCUAAAUCUUUAGCUGGCAUGCUGAAUCAGCAUCCAAGGUCCCCGAAGGCAUCAUCGUCUCAAUGUGUAAACACAAACUUGUACUUUGGAGCUAUGGCCCAAAGUUCAGUUGGAUUUACACUGAAAGUGAGAAUGGCAGGAGCUUUUUUUUCAUUGCUCCUUUUGUACUUUCACCUCAGCCCCGGAGCCCCAAGUCCAGUAUUUCUCUCUGAAAAAACAGCGGACAGCCUCCUCAGCAGACAUAAACGUCAUAAUACUGGGAUCUUUGAGGAGUUUCUGGAGGGAAACUUAGAAAGAGAAUGCUUAGAGGAAAAAUGUGACCUGGAGGAAGCUAGGGAGAUAUUUGAGAAUGAUAAAAAGACUAUGGAGUUUUGGUCAGGUUAUAUAGAUGGCAAUCAAUGCGACUCAAGCCCAUGUCUUAACCAGGGGUCAUGCAUAGACCACCUAGGUGACUAUACCUGUAAUUGUAAGUCUGGAUUUGCUGGCAAGAACUGUGAGAUCGAAUUAGUAAAAAGAUGUGACGUAAACAAUGGAGACUGUAUGCAUUUCUGUGGCACAAUGGGAACCCUCGGAGCAAAAUGCUUCUGUGCAACAGGAUAUAAGUUGAUGGAGGAUGGAGUCAGCUGUGAGGCAACAGUUGACUACCCUUGUGGGAGAACUGCAUAUACUGUUGUGAGCCCAUUCAAGAGGUCUCUCUACAUCCCUCGUUCUUCAGACCACUCGAGCACCACACCUAUAAAUGAUAUUACGUCUACUACACCCUCCCCUACAACAGCCAGCAUCACAGAGCCAGUUUUGGUUACAGAUGAGUAUGGUGACAUUUUUCAGAAUCAGUCUCUCAGUGACCUCCUAUUGAGAGAAUCCAACCACUCUGAAAUCCUCUCUGACAAGUCACCAGAACCUUUCAAACGUAUAGUUGGAGGGAGGGUAGUCACUCCAGGAGAGAUUCCAUGGCAGGUUGGUUUGAUAGCAAAUCCCAGUGGUCUAUUGUUCUGUGGGGGUUCCAUCCUCUCAGAGCGAUGGAUUGUCACUGCUGCUCAUUGUCUGGUGGAGGCAAAAGGCUCCUUCUUCAUCAGAGUAGGGGAGCAUAACACUGAUAUCAAGGAAGGUGGAGAGCAGGAUUAUGAGGUGUUGAAAGAGCACAUGCAUCCACGCUACAAUGCAAGUUUAAACUUGUACAACCAUGACAUUGCUCUGUUGUUCCUGAAAGCCCCAAUUAACUUCUCAGCAACAGUCCGACCAAUCUGUAUUGGACCAAUGGCUUUCAUCGAAGCCUUGUUAAAGCAACCCUCCCCCGCUACAGUGAGUGGCUGGGGUCGCACCCGCUUCCUUGGGUCCACUUCUAAUAUCCUGCAGAAGAUUGAAGUUCCCUUCACAGAUCAGACGGAGUGUAAAAGAAGCAGCAAUGAACGGAUCACUCCUUUAAUGUUUUGUGCUGGAUACUAUGAUGUGGCCAAAGAUGCCUGCCAGGGCGACAGCGGAGGUCCGCACACAAACAGCUUUCAUGGCACUUGGUUCCUGACAGGGAUUGUAAGUUGGGGGGAGGGAUGUGCAGAAAAAGGGAAAUACGGUGUAUACACACGGGUGUCUGUUUAUUACAGUUGGAUGAAGCAUGUGAUGAGUGUAACCAAACGCAGGCUGGCUUUUGACGUGGAAUACCCAGACUCAUGA